AUGGGAAAUAGUCAGUCAGUUUAUUAUCCAAUACUUAGUGAAAAGAAUCAAGUUACUGAAAUUGAAGAUUGUAUUUUUGUAGCAAAUAUUAAUAAUGUUAUGAAUAGUAAAUUUUAUAAAUCCUAUAAUAUAGGAACUAUUGUUUCAUGUGGAGGUCAAAAGAUAGAAUAUCUUCCUGUCCAUGUGAAUUAUACCCAUUUUAAUCCUGAUUGUUAUAGUGUUGGUAUUUUUGAAAAGUAUAUUGAUGUUAUCUCCACUGUUAUUAAAGAAAAUAAAAGAAAUGAAAAGUCAGUUGUGAUUGUAUCUACUGAUAAACUUGACCAAACAACUCCUUUUGUUAUUGGUUAUCUUAUGAAAGAAUAUGAAUAUUCAUUUGAAAAAGCACUUGAUUCUUUAGAGUCAAAAGGACUUUAUGUUCAAUUAACUGAGAAAAGUACUUCUUUUCUCAUAAAAUUACAAACAAUAUGGAUGUCAUCAAAAGACCAAUUAGAGCCAUGUUUAAUAAAUGAAAUGUCUUACCAAGAAGGAGCCAAACGUUUUUCUCCUGUUUAUAUGAACAGAGUGUGUUAA